CUUAGGGAGAGCAAGCCUGACCCGGCCGGCCUGCUCACACUCUGUGUCUGUCUGUCGCUCUCGGUCACCGCAGAGCGCGGCGGCCAUGCGGCUCGUGUCCGCAGCCUGGCCCCGGCCGGGCCGCUCACCCGCGGUGCUGCUGCUGCUGCUGCUGCUGCUGUCGCUGCUGGGCUCCUGCCUGGGGCUCGUCGGGGCGGCUCGCAGGCCCAACGUGCUGCUGCUGCUCACCGACGACCAAGACUCGGAGCUCGGCGGCAUGACACCACUGAAGAAAACCAAGGCCCUCAUUGGAGAGAAGGGGAUGACUUUCUCUAGCGCUUAUGUGCCGAGCGCUCUUUGCUGCCCCAGCAGAGCCAGCAUCCUGACUGGGAAGUACCCGCACAACCAUCACGUCGUGAACAACACUCUGGAGGGGAACUGCAGCAGCAAGUCCUGGCAGAAGAUCCAGGAGCCAAGCACGUUCCCCGCCAUCCUCAGAUCAAUGUGCGGUUAUCAAACCUUUUUUGCUGGGAAGUAUUUGAAUGAGUACGGAGCCCCAGAUGCAGGUGGCCUGGAGCACGUCCCUCUGGGCUGGAGUUAUUGGUAUGCCUUGGAGAAGAACUCUAAGUACUACAACUACACGCUCUCCAUCAACGGGAAGGCGAGGAAGCACGGUGAGAACUACAGCACAGACUACCUGACGGACGUUCUGGCCAAUCUCUCCCUGGACUUCCUCGACUACAAGUCCAACUCUGAGCCAUUCUUCAUGAUGAUCUCCACUCCAGCACCCCACUCACCUUGGACAGCUGCACCUCAGUACCAGAAGGCUUUCCAGAAUGUCUUUGCACCAAGAAACAAGAACUUCAACAUCCACGGGACGAACAAGCACUGGCUAAUUCGGCAAGCCAAGACUCCCAUGACGAACUCUUCAAUACAGUUCCUAGAUGACGCGUUCAGAAGGAGGUGGCAAACUCUGCUCUCGGUUGACGAUCUCGUGGAGAAGCUAGUGAAGAGAUUGGACGUCACCGGCGAGCUGGACAACACAUACAUCUUCUAUACCUCAGACAACGGCUACCACACAGGGCAGUUCUCUUUGCCAAUAGACAAAAGACAGCUGUAUGAGUUUGAUAUCAAAGUUCCAUUGCUGGUUCGAGGGCCUGGAAUCAAGCCAAACCAGACAAGCAAGAUGCUGGUCUCGAAUAUCGACUUGGGCCCCACGAUCCUAGACCUUGCUGGCUAUGACCUGAAUAAGACGCAGAUGGAUGGAGUGUCCUUAGUACCCAUUCUGAAAGGAGCCAGUAACUUAACCUGGAGGUCAGAUGUCCUGGUGGAGUACCAGGGAGAAGGCCGUAACGUCACCGACCCGACCUGCCCUUCCUUGAGCCCUGGAGUGUCUCAAUGUUUCCCCGACUGUGUGUGUGAAGACGCCUACAACAACACCUACGCUUGUGUGCGGACGCUGUCGUCACUGUGGAACCUGCAGUAUUGCGAGUUUGAUGACCAGGAGGUGUUCGUAGAAGUCUAUAAUAUAACUGCAGACCCAGACCAAAUCACCAACAUUGCUAAAACUAUAGACCCAGAGCUUUUGGGAAAGAUGAACUAUCGCUUGAUGCUGCUCCAGUCCUGUUCAGGGCCGACCUGUCGCAGCCCAGGGGUUUUUGAUCCGGGGUACAGGUUUGACCUGCGUCUCAUGUUCAGCAAUCACGGCAGCGUCAGAACGAGAAGGUUCUCGAAGCACCCUCUGUAAGGGCCAUGCUAGCCUCUGCGUUGGAUCCUCACACGCCCCUUUCUCAUGAAGUGGCUGCAGUAGGAGCCACGCCUGGAUGAGCUCUGGCCUGGCCGUUCAAGUCCUGUUUGAAAAAUCCCCCCGGUCAGCUGACUCAGUACUGUGACUCCAGCCCGUGCUGAAGUGGCUGACCCUGUCUCUUCCUUCAGAUGACAACCAACACUCCUGAGGUCUUCAUCCUCUCCAUGUCCCUUCAUCUUGGGUGGGCACCAUGUGUGAUGACCUCCCACGUGGUCAAGUCUGAAUUUGUCAAACUGUUCAGAUAAAUGGCAAUACUUUAGGGCAGAAAGAAAAGACCACUCUGACAUUUCCACGGUGGGGCCGAGUGCUGGCUAGCCCCAAAUCUACAGCCCUGUAUAGCAUUUCAGACUGAGCCUCACCAUCAAACACACACAGCCCUGCAGAGAACUGUCUGCGGAGAUGUAGAGAAGUGGUGUUUACAGCAUCAUCGUGGUGAACGUACAGCUUGUCACCCAGGCUCUGCUCUGUUUUGCUGGAUCCCUGGGCUAUGCUGAUGCAGCCGGAGGCUGUGUAGGGUUAAGGUGAAUCCCCCUUAACUCUGAGAGCCAUCAGCUCCUCAGUGGCUCCAACCAUGCUGCGUGCUCAGAAGCCCUGGAGAAGAGGCACACCACGGGAAGGGCUAGCAUGCUUCAUGAGUGCCAGAGGCCAGCGCAGAGCAGGCUUGGGUGAGCAGGUUGAAGGGCUGCACAUAGAAGUGCCUGUCCAGGGGUUCUCAAGUGUCAGUGCCGCAAGAUGUCACCGUGACCGGCUGCAGUUAGCUGCCUUUCUCAUUUAACAUGGUCAGUGACUCAGGGCCAGUGUGAAGGACCAGCUGCUUUGUCCCACCCACCCACCCACCCACCC